AUCCAUCAAACAGGUCACUCCUCAAAUUCCACCGACCAUCCACCGCCGAGAACUUCUCCCUUCAAUACCAAGCUCUCGCCAACCCACACCAUUAUUCUUUGCCUAUUCUUCUGAUUUCUCUGGCUAGAGAUCACCAUGAAGGGUUUCACUCUCGUCGCUGCUGCCGCGGCCAUAUUCGGCACUGCCAGCGCCGCCAUCGACCCCAUCGUCAUCAAGGGCUCCAAGUUCUUCUACAAGACCAAUGGCACCCAAUUCUUCAUGAAGGGUGUUGCUUACCAGCAAGAGCUCAACAGCAACACCACCAGCACCGAGAAGAUCAAGUACACCGAUCCCCUCGCCGACUCCGCGUCCUGCAAAAGAGACAUCCAGUUCCUCUCUGAGGUCCACACCAACACCAUCCGUGUCUACGCCAUCGAUCCCACACAGGACCACAAGGAAUGCAUGGACGCGCUCGCCGCCGCCGGCAUCUACGUUAUUGCCGAUCUUUCUGAGCCUGGACUCUCCAUCAACCGUGACAGCGCCCAGUGGACCACCACAUUGCUCGAGCGAUACACCGCCGUUGUUGACGAGCUCGCCAAGUACGACAACACGCUCGGUUUCUUCGCCGGUAACGAGGUCUCCAACGCCGUGAACAACACUGAGGCCAGCGCUUUCGUCAAGGCUGCCGUUCGUGACACCAAGGCCUACAUUAAGUCCAAGAACUACCGCCCGUUGGGUGUUGGUUAUGCUACCAAUGACGAUGCUGAGAUUCGUGAGAACCUCGCUAACUACUUCGACUGCGGCAACGCUGAGGAUGCCAUCGACUUCUGGGGUUACAACAUCUACUCGUGGUGCGGUGAUUCUUCCUUCACCGAGUCUGGCUUCGACGUUCGCACCAAGGAGUUCGAGAAGUACGAUGUCCCCGUCUUCUUCGCCGAGUACGGCUGCAACACUCCUCGCCCUCGUCUCUUCACUGAGGUCGGUGCUCUUUACGGCAAGCAGAUGACUGGUGUCUGGUCCGGCGGUAUCGUCUACAUGUACUUCGAGGAGGCUAACAAGUUCGGUCUUGCCACUGUCAGCGGCAACAAGGUCACCACCAACAAGGAUUUUGCCAACUUGAAGAGCGAGAUCGCCAAGGUCAACCCAACCGGUGUUAAGAUGUCCGAGUACACCCCUACCAACACCGCUAAGGCCAAGUGCCCGGCCACUGGCAAGGACUGGAAGGCCCCAUCUGAUCCCCUUCCCCCGGUUGCCAAUGCUCAGCUCUGCUCCUGCAUGACUGACAACCUUUCCUGCGUUGUUGACAGCUCCAAGACCACCGAGGAUGACUACAAGGAUCUCUUCGAUUUCAUCUGCAGCAAGAAGGAUGGCGCGUUCUGUGCCGGUAUCAACCGAAACGUCACCAGCGGCCCAUACGGUGCCUACGGCAUGUGCUCUGACCAGGAGCAGCUCUCCUUUGCCAUCGGACAGUACGCAAAGAACGUGGCCAACGGAUGCGACUUCAAGGGCAAGGCCAAGACCCAGACUGCUAAGGAGGGCAGCAGCCAGUGCAAGAGCUUGCUCUCCCAGGCCGGUGCUGAGGGUACCGGAACCGUCACCGCGUCUCCCGGUACUGGCAACAGCACCAGCUCCCCUGGUGCCGCUUCAGGCCUUAUUGCUCCUCAAUUCAACAGUGGCCUCUUCUCCCUCGGCCUCUACGUCAUCGUGGCCGUCUUUUCUGGCGCUGCCCUCGUUGUCUUGUAAAUGUUCUUUUCCAAUUUUCCUUUACAUAAGAAGCGAUCUCUUUUCACCUGCAUGCGAUGGCAUGAUAUUGCUCGUUGUAACCAUCCGAAAAUGGAUCGAAACUUUUCAUCGACAUCUUGUCACGCGUUGGUUAGGUAAUUCCAUAAGGCGAGAAGGGGUUUUUCAACACUCAUAGUCAAUCAAAA